AUGCCUUCCUACCAGAUCACCGAGCCACACCCAUCCGUUGCAAAGUACGCAUACUCCGGACGGGGAGGAGCAGGAAACUAUUCCAAAGCCCCAAAGACUACCACAGGCAGCAUUGCUACUGGACCAGCUUCUCGCUUUGAGCAAGGUCUUCCUGUAAGCUCCCACAAGUUCACCAGCGGCAGAGGUGGAGCAGGAAACAUCCGCGACGUCUCUGAGCGCGCCAUCUUCUCUUUCGAUGAAGAGCUCGCACGUCAAGCCAGCCGCGACAGCCAGGCAAGCAAUGGUAUCUACCACGUCGGCCGCGGUGGAGCUGGCAACUGGACAUCCAACGCCACUCCAUCAAACUCCCGCAAAGACUCUUCCUCCUCAUCGGGCUCUACUCGCAGCGGCUUCUUGGGUCGUCUCUCCCACACAUUCGAACGUCGAUAG